CAGGUAAUACUAUAAUCAAGCAUAUGUUGCCAUCGUUACAGCCUGAAGUGUCCUAUCUAACAUUUCCCAACCAUCCUUCUCCAUUGCUACCCCCCUAAUCGCUGAAACACCAAGGCAUCCAUCCGUCGGUUACUUUCUGCCUUUCCGCCCCACCCAUCAUGUCUCUGCCUGCUGCUUACCAAAGUGAAAUAGAAGCUCUCGAAAAUCAAAUUCGACUCAAGAACCCACCCGAUAUCUUACAAUUUUGCUCCGAUUACUUCCUUCGCCGUAUCGCCGACGAACGCGCAGCCUACCUAACACGAAGAGCCUCGACCCUUAAUACUGGCGCGAUGUCGGGGACCACAUUCACAAGCCCUUUCGCGGGUAAUUCAAAUCCUUUCGGUACCGAUGGAGGUAAACCUGAGGGCGGCAAUGGACCUCCUGGGGGACUGCUUAACGUAGUGGAGGAAGAUGAGAACGACACAAUCACUUCUCCAACAACUCCCAACUUUGGGCUGUCUAAUGCUUCUGGCUUUCGCGGGCCAUUUGGCGGCGAUGGGUCACCAGAUGGACCCCCAUCUUCAUUGAGAACACCACCAAACCCCGACAGUUACCCGGCGCAAUACAAUUUUGGUCGUCGUACUUCUGUCUCUGCCGAAUCCCUAAAACCAGUAGCGGAUGUCAACGACAACUGGACCCCUCCAUCAUAUCCCAAGACUCCAGACCAACUAGAGAGGCUUCAGAAGGCUAUUGAAGGCAACUUCUUGUUCAAUCAUCUAGAUGAUGAACAAAAUACCCAAAUUCUUGGCGCACUCCAGGAGAAGCCGAUCCCAGCCAAAGACAUCAAGGUUAUUACCCAAGGUGAUGCUGGUGAUUACUUCUACAUCGUUGAAAAGGGCUCGUUCAAUGUAUAUGUCAACGAGACUGGAUCUCUACAACCGGGUCAAGGGGGGAUGGGUACUCAAGUUGGCAGCAUCCAAGCUGGCGGCUCCUUCGGUGAGCUGGCUUUGAUGUACAAUGCGCCAAGAGCUGCUACUGUUAUCUCCGCCGAACCUGGUUGCACUUUAUGGGCACUCGACCGGGUCACAUUCCGUCGGAUCCUUAUGGAAUCUACCUUUGCGCGCAGGCGCUUGUACGAAAGCUUCCUUGAGGAGGUCCCUCUUCUGUCUUCUCUUACCCCCUAUGAGAGGUCCAAGAUUGCAGACGCGCUGGAAACCAAGAAGUUCCCCAGGGGAUACACGAUAAUCAAACAGGGCGACAUUGGGGAUGCAUUCUUCCUACUGGAGGAUGGCGAAGCAGAUGCCUAUAUUGAUAAUGGGUCUGAAUCUGUCAAGCAUUACAAGAAGGGAGAUUUCUUUGGUGAGCUUGCGCUUCUAGAUGACAAGCCUCGAGCGGCAGAUGUUAUCAGUACCACUGAGGUGAAGGUUGCGACCUUGGGGAAGAACGCUUUCCAGAGACUCCUGGGGCCUGUCGAGGGUAUUAUGAGGAGGACCAAAUACGUAGGUGUCAAGUCAGGGGUUGAGGAUGUUGAUCCUCUACAUGCAACAUCCUGAUGAGCACGUAAUCGAGGGUGUACAGAAAUGUGAGAAUUAGAUACAUGAUACUCCAAGAAAGGCAAGAAGUAGCCUAUACGACGGAUGGCAGCAUUCAUUUUCUGUUGGAGGAGGCGUUCUCGGAAUAACCCUCGUUUUCCGUGUCGAAUAAGUUUUUAUGAUAUUCAUUGAUACCGUGUUAGACCAAUUUCUAGGCU